AUGACUGAGGUGCUCGAUAUGGUGUUACUCGUCCCGACCACAUCCGCAAUGAAGAUGUCCGCCAUAGAGUUCACCCUGCAGCUGCAUCGCGUCAGCUCGGUAGCACAUUAUCCAGGUGGACGGCAGAUAAAGUUCAUUCAUGUCAGAAACGUAUGCAGAAACACAAGCGGACAACCUGCACUUUACACAAUAGGAAAACUCGUGUGGAAACGGAACAUGAAGAGUCUACUGAAAAAAGAGUGGCCACGUCGCGGGUUGGACAUUUUUCAAUUUGGAUUUCAGAUGUGUCCACAGGGAUAG